AUGUACAGCUUCAUGGGUGGCGGCCUCUUCUGUGCCUGGGUGGGGACCAUCCUCCUGGUGGUGGCCACAGCGACAGAUCACUGGAUGCAGUACCGGCUGUCCGGGUCCUUCGCCCACCAGGGCCUGUGGCGGUACUGUCUGGGCAACAAGUGCUACCUGCAGACAGAGAGCAUCGGUAAGGCUCCGGGGCCGGGUCGAGGCCAUGCCUGGGCCCCCCACAGGGCAGAACCUCUCCACCUGUUUUGCAGGUGGAGAACUGUGUGGUUCAGAGAGGGAAAGGGUGCUACCACAGCUUACUGGAACGCCACCCGGGCCUUCAUGAUCCUGUCGUCCCUGUGCGCCACCUCGGGCAUCAUCAUGGGUAUCCUGGCCUUUGCUCAGCAGCCCGCCUUCACACGCCUCUCCCGGCCCUUCUCCGCGGGCAUCCUGUUUUUCGCCUCCACCUUUUUUGUCCUGUUGGCCUUGGCCAUUUACACUGGAGUCACUGUCAGCUUCCUCGGUCGCCGCUUUGGGGACUGGCGUUUUUCCUGGUCUUACAUCCUGGGCUGGGUGGCCUUGCUCAUGACCUUCUUUGCAGGGAUUUUCUACAUGUGUGCCUACCGGAUGCACGAAUGUCGGCGCCUGUCUGCUCCCCGCUGAGCCCAAUGUACCCCGACUUCAUCUGGAAGUGAAAAUAGGGCCGCUGAAAAAGAGGGGGAGGGUCUAGAGGC